GUUCAGUGAAAAACGUCACAAUAUAAACAGGGUGACUUACUGUCAUCUUUUAAUUUUUUAAUUGCUAUUUAAUAGUUAAUAUAAUAUUUUUUAAAAAGAUAUACAGGCAAAAUAUCGAUCUUUUAAGCAAUAAAGGUAACCAUUCUGGGCUUAAGGACAAAAUAUGGAGGCAUUUGUUGCUAUGAUCUAGAUUCUAGAUCUGUACUCUCCCCAACCGAAAUGCUGCUAAUGUUUCAGAAAUUAAUUUCUAGCUAGAUCUACAUCUUAAAGAUCUAGAUUGUACAGUAGUUAGACGUAGUGCCAUCUCCAGAAGAACAGCCUCGUGAAAAGCCCAAUCCAAACUUGACCAGAAUGAGGCCUUACUGGCGACCAGAAAAAGUCAGUACAGUCUCAUCCCCGAAGCUGAAGCUCCGGCUGGCUUUGGGGAUGGGCUGUCUCACAGGUAGCUGCCUGGCGGUGGACUCAAACACGGGGAUUCUAGCCUACCCAGCGUCCGGAGUUACCGUCCUUCUCGAUAUUGUCAACAGCAAACAGCGCGGGUACAUCCACCAAGCCCAGCAGACGAUAUCCUGUGUGAAGUUCUCCCCCGAUGGCUCCCUGCUCCUGAUUGGUGAGCUGGGCUUCAUGCCGCCCCUUAGGGUCUGGAAUGUGCAGCAGGAAUGUGAGGUCACCAAGUUCCUGGGCCACGAAUACGGCAUCGUUGGGGCUUCAUUCUCUAAGGAUAUGGACAUCGUGGUAUCCGUCGGUACACGACACGAUAGUUUCAUCAACGUCUGGGGAUGGCCACAAAAGAACAGACUUUCAUGCAACCGUUUUGCGGAGGAUAUUUUCGCUCUGUGCUUUUCCACAAAAGAAUCCUACUUCGUGACAUGCGGUGUUCACCACAUCAAGUUUUGGUAUCCGGUGGCAGCUAAAAAAGAACCCAACAGAUACUUUCCGCUUCGUCCUCGCCUCAGCACCCUCUAUGGGCGUCCUGCUAUUUUGACGGAUAUAAAAAACAGCGUGUUUGUUGAUAUCGCAUGCGGAUCCGAGAGUUCAGGAGAUUUUACCUACACCGUUACCAAAUGUGGCAUCGUAUGUAAGCUGUCCGCAGGGCGAGAGGUGUUAGCGUACAAGCGCUUACAAAACACACAGCUGUCCAGCCUACAAGUACACGAUGAGCAGCUCAUGGUCGGCUCCAUUAGUGGCCAUGUCUACUUUUUUAAUGCUCUGUCGCUAGAGUUCAUCGCCACAGUUGCCCUGCCACUUGACAUCUGCUUCGCGGAGCAAGUCAUCAGAAGCCAGAAGAGCAGCCUAGAGGCCAUCGUGGAUCAGCACAAGGCCAACAUCUUCCUCGCCCUCGACCACACGCACCAUCUCCUGACUGCCGCCCUCACCAACGGCAGUUUGUGUAUUUGGGACAUCAGAGAUCUCGCUAACAUAAAGCAGAAGUAUUAUUCCGUGAACCACAGUAAAUCUAUUGCCGGUCUGGAUCUCAUGAAGGGCAACAACUCCAAUUUAAAUCAGGAGACGAUUGUCACAGUGUCUCAUGACGCCACUGUGCGUCUGUGGGAGAUUGCCAUGUCCAAGGGCAUCUGCUGCAAGAGCAGUAAGACAAUCUACACCGAGUUCGAUUGUGUCGAGCCUAGUGUGGAGGAGUCUCUAGCCCUGAACGACGGGUUGCCCGCAGAGGCAGAGGAGAAGCUUCUCACAGCCAUCAAGAUCAGCCCGGAGAACGAUUACAUAGUCACAGGAGAUUCGAUGGGAUGCAUCAGUGUCUACAGCACAGUCAGCCUAGAGAACAUCAAAAACAUCCACAAACACACUCGGGGUGUGACCACCCUCAACAUCACUACUGGUUCACAUCUCAAAUUACGGCUAUUGACCAGCGGAGGCCGUGAUCGAGUGAUCAACAUCUUCGAUAUGGUGCAUGAUUUCACCUUAUUGAGCACCCUCAACAUCCACUCAAGUUCCAUCAACUCCAUCGGUUUGUUACUUGCCGGUGAUACCAUGUCCCUCUUUAGUUCUAGCUUGGACAGAUCCCUGGUUAUAUGCAAGAGUCGUCUUAAAGAAGUCCCUCGGUUCAAACCUUUCCGGUGUCGCCACACAGCCUGCUCGGUGACGGAGAUUGUCGUCUGCGUACAGGAGGGCAUGAUAGCUGUCGGCAGAAUCAACGGUGAGCUCAGCAUUAUAGACGGCGUCUCGUGUAAAGAGAUAAAGAGACUUAACGUCUGCAUAACUGAGAAUGCCCGCUUAAAGAAAAUCCACUUGGAGCCGUCGAAAAAUCUGGUGCUGUCCGCGUGUUCAGAUAUGUCGAUCAACGUCCUCAGCCUCAGCCAUGGUCUGUUGUUGGCUACAGUCAACGGCCACACAAAGAGCAUCAGCGGGUUGAGCAUCUCCCGCAACAUGAAGUUCAUCAUAUCCACCUCUAAAGAUGGCUGCGUCUUCAUUUGGGGUUUGCCCAACAAGCUCUGGCAGUCGGGGAAUAAGUACGGUCUCUACUGCAACACCAACGUCGCUGUUUCCAAAUCCGACUCGAGAAUCAGCCAGAGAAACGCCAUUCAGCUGCCCGAUCUGGAGAUCACAAACCAACCGACUCUGCUGGAUUAUAUCUCGUCUGUGAAGGCAAAAAUGAAACGCAUCGUCACCGUGGAGACGGAAAAGGCAGCCGGUCUGAGCUACGUGGAUGACGAAGAAAGCAGCGAAGGCUUUGUCGAGGAAUUCUCGGUCGCUGAGGAUCGCUCAAGCAUGAAGUCGGAUGGCAGGCAAAGUCGACGUCACAGCAACCCCUGUACGUCCGACACGCGUCUGCUCCAGAAAAACGUGGCCGACAUCAAGUUCAACCGGGCGUCAUACGACUCCGGGAACGGCGAGUACUACGACUUUGCGAAUCACGCGGAAAAUAAAACUCUGAAAAACCCUAGUUAUCCCCCUUGUUCGGCUCACGAAGCGGGCGACCUGGAUCAGGAAAUCAAGCCAUUGAAUGAAAUUAGUUUAAAAGCGAACAAUGCAUAGUCAUCGGAAGAAAGGACCGCAGCAACAUUGUUCUUGCCUCCUUGAGGUUCUACCUUUCUCAACAUAAUGUUACCAUAUUAACCGUCGAGUUUUAUUUAGUUUACCAUCUUUACAAAGUAUGACGAGACGUAUCGACAUUGGGCCGCAAGAUUUCUUCCAUCACAAGCUCAAGAAACAUCACUAAGUUGGUCUAGAAAACGAACCAUCAAAACAUAUUUGGAUUAAAAAAAAUUCAAUUUGAAUGUAAACAACAGAUAUUGUCAAUGGCGAUUUCUGAAUCUGUCCUUGUUAGUACAAUACUUUGGACAUGCGAUACAAUAUAUCGAAAGUAAAUAUAAACAUGUUAAAAUAUUAAAUACGCAGAAAAUUGUAUUUUAUUGUUACAAAUUAUGACCCCCCCUCCCCACCCUUGAAAUUGCACUGAGAACAUCUUGCAGAAAUAACAGGUAAUCAUAUGAGUUCAGAUGUACGCAUGUUGUGUCAAAGUGCAUACACAUUAUGCCAAUGUGUGUAGACAUAUUGGAUGUACACACAUGUUGUGUAAAGAUGUACACCGAUUAGUUGAACGUGUACACAUGUUGUGUCAAGGUGUACACAUUGUGCCAAUGUUUAAACACGUUGUGUCAAGGUGUACACAUGCUAUAUCAAAGUGUACACAAAUUGUAUGAAGGUGUACUUGUGUUGAGGGGAACAUACAUUUUUUUCAAGGCGUACAUAAAUUUUGUCAAGGUUUCCACAUGAUGUGUCAAAGUGUACAUACAUCUUGUCAAAGUGUACACAAGUUUAGUCAAGUUGUACAUACAUCCUGUCAAGGCUUAGACAUGGUGUACUCAUCAAAAGGAGAAAGCCCAGACAUCAAACAUGUUCGCCGUAAGAAAAUAUUGAUACACAGAUAAAGCACAUAAGGAUUCUGCGAACAGAUAUAAAACCGGAAAACAAACAAAACAUUGUGG